CGAAACCGUACAAAGCGCACCGGGGAAACGGGACCGCGGAAAACUCAAUCAUCAACUCAAUAUGCGUCUGAAUCUUGGCACGCGGAUGGGCAUGGUGAUGUUGGCGGUCUGCAUACUUAUCUGCAUUGGCACGUUGGCGGAAGGAUACCCGUCCAAACCGGACAACCCUGGAGAGGACGCACCCGCCGAGGAACUCGCCAAAUAUUAUUCCGCAUUGAGACACUACAUCAACCUCAUCACGCGGCAGAGGUACGGAAAAAGAUCCAGUGACGACACCCUGCUUACAGAGCUUCUGCUGAGUGAAAGCACAGGAACCAGCCCCCGAUCACGAUACGUGGAACCAUCUAUGUGGUGACAUCAUAAAAUGCGUCUAUCUCGUCUGUACUUGGUGUCUUCAGUUUUGCCGUCUCACCCCUGUAACAACAAACCCUGACCUUAUCAACAUGGCCGCCAGACUGCCGAACACUGACCUCACCAACAUGGCUGCCCUCCUACCGCCAGCACCUGGGGGUCAAAAGCUGCAUGGAGCCAUCAAUUCAUCAUAAGAGCCACCUCAGCUCAUGGCAGUACAUAGUCUUAUUUAAUCUUAUUUAAUAUCAGUGCAUUACCGUUAUACUUAACUGUAAAGUAAAACUGUGCUAUUAAAAGUCAUUAUGUAAA